UCCAAUUUUAUUCACACUUGAAACCCACUCUUCCCAAAGAAGCAAAGGAAAAUGGCACUCAGCAACAAUGUGAUCGGAGGCAUAAACCUAGUGGCGGUGAUACUCUCAAUCCCCAUAAUCGGCGCCGGCAUAUGGCUAACAAACGAGCCAGCAGACUCGUGCGUCAAGUUCCUCCAAUGGCCGGUCAUAAUCCUCGGCAUUCUCGUGCUUGUGGUGGCUCUGGCGGGUCUGGUCGGAGCCUUCUUCAGGAUCCCCUGCCUCCUUAUAUCGUACCUUGUAGCCAUGCUCGUGCUCAUAGUGUUGCUGGUCAUCAUGGUGGUGUUUGUGUACAUGGUCACCAUUCGUGGCCAUGGAGUGAUAGAACCCAACCGUGCUUACUUGGAGUACCAUCUGGACGAUUUCUCUUCGUUCCUAAGAAGACGGGUGAGAAGCUCCUUCAAAUGGGACCAGAUCAGAGCCUGUCUUAGCUCCAGUAACAUGUGUGCCGACCUCAAUCAGAGAUUCCGAAUGCCUCAGGAUUUCUUCAACGCACAUCUUACACCAAUGCAGUCAGGGUGUUGUAAGCCCCCAACACUAUGUGGGUACACGUUUGUGAAUCCAACGUAUUGGAUAAGCCCGAUAAACAGUGCGGAGGACAUGGAUUGCCUUCAGUGGAGCAACGACCAAACACAACUUUGCUAUGCGUGUGACUCCUGCAAGGCUGGUUUGUUGGCUCAUCUCAGGAAAGAAUGGAAGAGGGCCAAUGUCAUUUUGAUCAUCACCAUCGUUGCAUUAAUCAUCAUAUAUUUGGUUGGCUUUUGUGCUUUUAGAAAUGCUAACACUGAGGAUCUCUUCCGCAGAUACAAACAAGGCUAUACUUAGAACAUCAUGUUACUAUUUACUCUUUCUAUUAGUUGCUAGCAUUUGUGUUGAUUCCAACUUAGAGAGAAAACUGAUGCUUUCAAAGGGCUCGGGUAGAUUUGUGGAGAGCACCGAAAGCUUCAUGUCUCGGGAUUCCCAAUAUGUCUAUCAUUAUUAGCAAGUAACUUUUAAUGGAGCUUUUUCACGUGUUGUCCUAA